AUGUGUCCACCCAUAAUCCCGGAAUAAAUGCUGCCAAACAUCACCAACAUCAGCAUUCAUCCCUCGUUCACCAUCGUCGCCGCCACCACAACACGGAGACGAGGCCCAGCAUUCCUUUCAUUCAGAGCUUUCAUGAAGAAGUCUGACCAUCUCGUUGGUGGCCGUCCUGGUGUUCGGUUGACAUCCCGAGGGAUCCAGUCUGUAACCGCCCUGGUCCACUAUAUUGCAUUACGUGUCCAGCCCACCAAAUCUUCGUCUUCUUGGCGUAAACAAAGGCAUCCCUGA